AUGGAGUGUAAAAACUUUCUUAGGACAUUUUGUGGACAUUUCGUCAAGAUCAAAUUCAAACCUCUAACGCCAAAUACGUGUUCAAAGUGUUGUGUGCUAGUGAUGGUACUGAUAUUCAGUUCAACUGUGAAUUUCGUUCAGUGUAAUAAACCACCCAGAUUCAUAACUGACGGUCUAACAGAAAUCGUUUUGAAACUGAAAGAAGGAGAUGAAAAUCCAGUGGGUUCUGUGAUACACACAUUGAGAGGCUAUGAUCCAGAUGGAGACUAUUUGAAGUUCGGUGUCAGUCCAACGUUGGGAAGUGACGUUAUCAGGGUGGAAAGCAUAUCUGCUAUCGAAGCAAAUAUUUACCUCAAUAAAGAACUUGACAGGGAGGUGCAAGAUGAGUACGCCCUUGUACUGACCUUGACCGACGGUCAUAUGGGCCGUUCCAACUACGUCACUCAGCGCCUGCUUAUCCUGGUGGAAGACAUCAACGAUAACACCCCUGUGUUCAAGGGCUACCACCCCACAGUUAGCCUACCUGAAGACACCCUCCCUAGCGUUGUUGCCUCCUUGGAGGCUACUGAUGAGGACCAGGGGCCGUACGGGCAGGUGGUGUACUUUUUGCAAGAUAAAGAAGGGUUGUUCACGGUGGACACGGUUGGAGAGAAGGCUGUGGUGCGAUUAGUUGGCUCGUUGGACUACGAGAGGCAAACCAUACACCAGCUCAAAAUUUUGGCUGUGGAUAGAGCCAAAGAGGGCAGAGUGAAUACAGGAACAGCAGCUCUAUUCGUGAAAGUAGAAGACGUUGAGGACCAGCCUCCUGAAUUCGUCAAAGUAGCCUCUGUGGCUAGAAUUGAAGAAAACAGCCCGAUCGGGACAUCCUUACUACAAGUUGUGGCAGUUGAUGGAGAUAGAGGAAUAAACAACCCCAUCGAGUAUUCAUUGACGUCGAAUAGUAUCAGCGAAACGAGCAAUAUUUUUUCCGUCGAGAGAGAUACCGGGGUAGUUUUUACAACGAACGUUAUAGAUCGAGAAGCUCUACCCUCUGCUUCUGGAGCAUUCAUUCUUCAGAUAAUAGCGAAAGAAGUAGGAAGCAAAAUAGUACCGACGCCAUAUGCAGUAACUGAAGUGACAGUAAUUAUCACGGAUGUUAAUGAUGAAAAACCGAAAUUCAGAAACAGUUUCUAUGAAUGUGAAAUAGCAGAGAAUUCUCCCAACAAUACGCCACUGACUUUUUUGGGAAAUUACAGUCCAGAGGUAUAUGACUACGACCAGGGCAUCAAUGGAACAUUUCAAUUGUACGUCAAAGGUGCUGGUGAUACUUUCGAUAUAUCACCUAGCAAAGCAGUGAACGAAGCCACAUUCAUGAUACGUGUCAAAAACAGCACCUUCCUAGACUACGAACGAAUCAAAAAAAUCAACCUCACGUUAGUCGCCAAAGAGGUAGUCAAGCACAACCCCAAAUUCAGUGAAGUUCCAGUCACCAUCAGUCUGGUAGACAGGAACGACAAUUUCCCAGAAUUCGCUAAGAGUUUUUAUGAAGUCCACGUACCAGAAAAUUGUGAAGUUGGAACCACAGUUGCUUGGGUUCAAGCAUUCGACGACGAUUCAGGAAAAUUCGGUACCAGAGGAAUGAGAUACACCAACAUUGCAGGAAGCAUAGACCACAUGCUGAAUUUGCACCCAACAUCAGGCAUUAUAACAGUGAAAAUAGCAGGAGGUCCGAACUGGGACAGAGAACAAGUGUCCAGACAUUUCCUGACAGUGGAAGCUCGUGAUGACCUGGGAUUCGGUAACAGAAACUCAGUGCAACUCAUAAUCAACAUCGAAGAUGUCAACGAUAAUGCACCUGUCUUCAUACAAACCAAAUACGAAUCAAGGCUGCUGGAAAACAAGGCGGACUUCGAGCAACCGUUGAGAGUUGAGGCGAGAGAUGCAGAUCUAAAUGGUACAAAAAAUAGUGAGGUCGAGUACGAACUAUACGGGGAAGGAAAAGACAACUUCACGAUAGACCCAGCGACGGGGGCGGUGUACGUCAAACACCCAGUGGACUUCGAAGCUAUCGAGGGCUCUUCCAACGAACACACCCGUACCUUGUUCCUGACGGUUCGGGCUAGAGAUUGGGGGGUGCCCAGUUUGUUCAGCGAAGUACCCUUGCUGAUAUACGUGGAGGAUAUGAAUGAUCAUGCGCCAGUUUUCGAGUAUACUUAUUAUAACGAAUCGGUGGCUGAGAAUGUAGCUGGAGGUACUUCAAUUUUGCAGGUCAGAGCUUUCGAUCUGGACCAAUCCUCUCCGAACAACCGCGUGGCGUACCGGAUCCAAGAUGGCGCCGCCGAUAAGUUCACCAUCGAGGCGGAGACCGGCAUCGUGAGAGUAGCAAGGGGAGCCUCCCUGGAUCCCGACCUCGCCCAUCCUAGGAGGGAGCGGUACUCCCUGGAAGUGGUGGCCCUUGACGGAGCGCCGGGAGAAAGUCAGCUGCGGGCGAGGACUUUAGUGGAUGUGAAUGUCAUCGAUGUGAAUAAUAAGGCGCCGGUGAUUCAAGAUCCAGGAGUUGUUUCUGUUACGGAAAAUUCCGCUGUUGGCACAGUAAUAGCUAACUUAACAGCAGACGACCAAGAUUAUACCGCGAAAUUAGUCUUCAAGAUUGAUGAAACCGAGUGUGUAGCACUAAACGAGAGAGGAAUAGCAUUAAAAAAUCGAGAUUUUGAUUGCUACGGUUCUUUUUAUGUGGAACCUUCAUCUGGGGUGAUGACCAUAGCGAAACAUCUGGAUAGGGAGACAGUGGAAAAUUUACAAAUUGGGAUAGUGGUGGAAGAUGUCAAUUCAGAUACUGGACCACAGAGGCAUCGAGUUACUAUGAAGAUUGUUAUUGAAGAUGUGAAUGAUAACAGUCCAAAAUUCAGGAAAGCUUCCUACAAAUUCAGCGUUACCGAGAAUAGCAAAAAUGGAGUGGCAAUUGGCACAGUCAUUGCUGAUGAUUUCGAUAAAAACCGUACGAUCGUAUACAAACUAGAAGGUCCAGCAGAGACUCUUGGAUUUGUGCAUCUGGAUCCUGAUCGUGGUGAUAUCGUAGUUGCCAGUAGAAUUGAUCACGAGCAAUAUCAAUGGAUUAACCUAACAGUCAAAGCCACAGACGACGGCGUUCCUUCCAGGAGCACCCGCACCGAGCUCUUCAUCCAGAUCCUCGACGAAAACGACAACAACCCUUAUUUCCUUCCCCAACCCUCCUCCAUAGUGGUGCCUGAGGACGUCCACGUCGGGAGGGAAGUGGCGCAGGUUCGUGCCUUGGACGCGGACUCCGGGGAGUACGGGAAAGUGACCUACCUGCUGGACAGACUGUCUUCCAGGGGCAUGUUCAGCGUGGACGCAGACACGGGCGUGGUCAAGGUUUCUGGGGCGUUGGAUAGGGAGGAGAAAGCAGGGUAUCUGCUGGUGAUCGAGGCUUGGGACAAUUACCAGUAUGGGUUCAAUAGCGGGGAGAGCAGGAAUGCCUUCAAGCAUCUCAAUAUCACCAUUAUGGAUGUCAAUGACAACGUGCCAGUGUUGCACAUUCCACCAUAUUGUGUAAAUAUAACGGAAUUCCAUGAACCAGGACAAACCGUUGCUACAUUGCAUGCUUCUGAUGCUGAUGAUCCUGAAACAUCAAACGGUCAGGUAAUUAUUGAUGUAGCUGAUGGAAACCAAGAAAAUCUAUUCGAACUUCAUCUUCUGAGUGAUUGGUCGGUGGAUAUACGGAGCACUCAAUCUCUCAGAGGAAAACACGGAAAUUACACAUUGAUAAUGAGAGCCCAAGACUUGGGGACACCCAGUUUAUUGGUGGAGGAACCAUUGAAGAUAUGCGUUACCGAUUACAAUGACCAUCCCCCUGUUUUUGUCAGUCCUCCACCAAACUCAACUCUCAAAGUUCCUGAGAAUGCAACAGUAGGAAGUGCCCUAAUCCAAGUAAUGGCGACGGAUGAAGACGUCGGACAAAAUGGCGCGGUGAGGUACCGCUUGAAAGCAGACCCUGCAGGUCAUUGGAAAUUUUUCGAACUUCAACCAGUUUCUGGAAUUAUGGAGCUGCGUUUACCACUGGACCGCAAAAAACAGAAAAUAUACGAUAUUCGAAUAGAAGCUUUUGACUUGGGGGUACCAACCCCUCUAAGUUCAGAUCUAGAUCUGACAGUGUAUGUCAGCGAUAUGAACAACUAUCAACCUCAAUUCCUGCUUGACGAAUUUCACGUUAAUUUCACAGAAAAUAUGGCACCAGAAGCAGAAAUUCGAAAGCUGCCAGAUACAAUUGACAGAGAUCAGUUUGAAUAUGAGGAACCAGCCGGACCAAUUUGUUACUACAUCAUCGCUGGAAACGAGGAUAAUCUGUUUCAUAUAAACCCUAUCGAUCAUACAUUAGUGGUGACCACUCCCCUCGAUCGAGAAAAGCAAGACACUCACCUUCUCCUAGUGAAGGCCACCGAAGACUGCCGAAACUCCCCGACCACGACCAGCUUCUUCGACUCGGACGACGACACCCAACUGAAGGUCAUCGUCAAGGUCGCCGACGUCAACGACAACAGCCCGAAGUUCCUGCAUAGCGUGUUCACAGGAGGCGUCAGCACAGCCACGAAUUUUGGUACGAAGUUCAUGCACGUGAGAGCCGAUGACGCCGAUUUGGGAAAGAACGCCCUUAUAUCGUACUACACAGUUGGGGAGAUAAGGAUGACCUUGACGGAAGGACUGGACAGCCUGGAGAGGCCGCCCUUCUUGGUGGAUCAGGACACAGGGGCAGUGCAGUUGAACUUCGAUCCCCAGAGGGAGAUGAAGGGAUAUUUUGAUUUUAUGGUCUUGGCAAACGACACAGGCGGUUUGCAAGAUGUGGCCAGAGUAUUCAUCUAUCUGCUCAGAGAAGAUCAGCGCGUGCGUUUCGUUCUGAGACAACAGCCACCUGAUCUGAGGGAUCGCAUCGAAGCCUUCAGAGAGGUUUUGGGUAACGUUACCGGAGCUAUAGUGAAUGUAGACGAAUUUAGAGUUCAUGCUAAUCACGAUGGUACGGUAGAUAAGACCAGGACUGAUUUAUACCUGCACUUGGUAGAUAGAAAAGACAAUUCUAUAGUGGAAGUGGACGAAGUGCUACGACUAGUAGAUCAAAACACCGAAAAGUUAGACGAACUUUUCAAAGAUUUUAAUGUUCUGGACACCCAACCUGGAGGAACUCUGGCCUUGAAAUCCCAAUUACAGAACGCCAAUACUACAUUUUGGCUAUCUGUUUCUUGUCUCUUUUUGAUCCUCCUUCUCUUACUCUGCCUGGCACUCUGCGUCAACCAAAGACAAACUUAUCAUAGGAAAUUGAAAGCUGCAACGGCUACAGCUUACGCAAGUGGAGAGUCAGAAAUUGACAACAGAGGAAUGGGUAUCUUGAGUGGUAGGGUGCCAAACACGAAUAAGCACAGUAUAGAAGGAAGCAACCCUAUAUGGUUGAAGGCGUAUGAAAAUGAAUGGUUCAAGAACGUAGACGAUGUAAGCCAAUCGGAAAGAGAUUCGCUGGACGAAAACGUCGUUUGCUGUGAAGAUUCCCUGCCAUCCACCGACCAAAUGCAGGAACGCUGCCCACAUGACAGGCAUCAGAACGUCUACCAAACUCUGCCCGCUCUUCCCACGACCAAGAAGCUGGAAACCACGGAGUUAUGA